UUGCUCGUUUUGUUCCGGCGCCCCCCAGGCCGGCUGGAACUGGGCUGGUGUCGUUUGGGGGUCAGCGGGUUGUGGGAUCCCAGCCAGAAGGUUGCGUGAGCAGAAGUGAACCGGCGUGGGGCCUCUUCGUGAGACGGACCCGGGAUACGAAUCGCGUGUGGUCAACCCGGCGUGAGGAUUGAAAGCAUGGGUGAAGUCAGCCGGUGUGGGUUCCUGGCCGAGAGGGACCCCGUGGAUUUCCAGCUCACAGCUCACAGCCUGUGGGUGAGAAAGACGCGUGCGCGCUCAUUUCGAAACGGUUUUGUGGUUUGUCCAAACCGCCGGCUGGGUGUUGAAAUCCACCUCUGGUUGCAACCUGGACCUGCAAAUGGGGCAGAAGCCUGACCUGGGGCGCCAUCUGGAUCCGGUGGGAACGCUGCUGGGCGUGUGAAGCCUCGGGGGCCACAAGCGCCCUCCUUACCUAUCGCUCAGCAGCGGCUGUCUCCCAAAACUGGCCAAGGACCAUGAUGUCCGGAAACCAGACCGAGAGCUGGUCCCAGAAGCUGGAGGUGAUGCUGAGGGCCUUGAACCGUACCCUCUCCCGUGUGGACCCGUGUCCCCACCUGGGCAAGGAAGACAAGGAGGAGAAAGACUCCUACGCCUACAUGUACAUCCUUUUCGUGAUGAUCCUGUUUGCGCUGACGGUUGGGAGUCUGAUCCUCGGCUAUACCCGUUCCCGGGAGGUGGACAAGCAGAGCGAUCCCUACCACGUUUACAUCAAGAACCGGGUGACCAUGAUUUGAGGGAGGGAAAGAGGAGGACCCAUGGAUUCCUCCACGCCUUCUCUGACCAGGGAAGUCUCUUGUUCACGGUGCGUUGAGUCUCUGCAUCAAGACUUGAGGAACACCUCUGUUCUGACGAGCGGCAAAACUAACAUGUGGGGAAAGGAAACAGGGCCUGCAAAGAAGCUGUAGGGGGUGGUAGGGUUGACUUAAGCUACACAUUUACAAGGGCUGGGUUUUGUGAUUUUUUAACGAACUUUCCUAAUAGUAAACUUUAUGGAUCUGCCUCUUCCUACCAGUAGCCAAUAAACAAGCUGG